AUGAUAAAAUUAAAACUCCAAAUAUUCUUCGUAUACAUAACUUUAAACAUCCUUAUCGUUCUAGUUAUCUCGAAAAAUAUUGUCUACAAUGAAAGAAAAUUAAAAAAGAAAGAUUGCGUGUUACUCAAUAGGAGACAUAAAAAUGAUCUUUUAAAAAGACAAGUGAAAAAUAGAAAGGAAAUUUUAUUUAAUGAUCAUAAUAUCGAAUCAAUAAAUUUAAAAAGGAAAUAUAAUAAACGUACAAGAUAUAAAAACCUUGAUGCAUUUUUAACAAACCUUAAUGUAACCCAUGUUAAUAAUAAUAAUAAUAAUAAUAAUAAUAAUAAUAAUAAUAAUAAUAUUAUAUAUGGUAAAAAAAAAAAAAAAGUUAUAUAUUACAAUAAAAUAUAUAACCAUUUUAAUUAUCCUGGAUUUGAUUUUACUGUAUUAAAAGAAAAUAAUAAUGAAGAAGAUAAAAGUCGAAUAGGUAUAAUAAAAACUCCAAGGGGUGAUAUAGAAACACCAAAUUUCCUUUUCUGUGCAACAAAAGGAUGUAUGAAAUCAACACCAAUAGAUUUUAUUAAAAAAUCUAACACACAAAUUAUAUUGUCGAAUACUUUUCAUUUACUUAUUCACCCCAAACCACAUAUUAUUUUUCAAUUAGGUGGGUUACAUAAAUUUAUGAAUUGGCAAUCUCCUAUUCUGACGGAUUCGGGGGGAUAUCAAAUUUUUAGCAUGUCCUUUGGAUCUGUCUCUAAUGAAAUAAAAAGAAAAUGUGCAAGUUCUCCUCAAAUAUCAAAUAUGCCUAUAAAAAAAAAAAAAAAAGAAAAUUUAAAUAAUAAAGAAGACCAAGUGAAUAAUAAUAUUGUAAAUUAUAAUUGUGAAAAUAAUAUGUAUAAUCAAAAGGAAAAAUGUUUAUCUAAAAAUAACAAUAAUAUUAACAACAAUAAUAAUAAUAAUAAUGAUGAUGAUGAUGAAAAAAGUAUAAAAGAUACAAAUAAUUUAAACAAACAAAUUAUCUUAAAACUUAAUGAAAAAGGAGCAGAAUAUAAAUCAUAUUAUGAUGGAUCUAUAGAUUUAUUAUCACCUGAAUCUUCUAUACAAUCACAAUAUUUAUUAGGUAGUGAUUUUAUCCUAGUUUUAGAUGAAUGUACACCUUAUCAUGUUAAUAAAAUAUAUACUGAGAAAUCUAUGCAUAGAUCUCAUAGAUGGUAUGUAAGAUGUUUAGCCGAAUUUUAUAAAUCCAAAAAUAUGAAAAAUUAUCAUGAAUAUUUAAAUGAUAUAUAUAAUAAAAAAUAUAAAACAAACGAUAAAUGGAUAAAAAGAGAUAAAAAUAAUCAAGCUAUGUAUGGAAUAAUACAAGGUGGAAUAUACCCAGAUUUAAGACAAAAAAGUUCUGACUUUGUUUAUAAUUUACCUUUUUUUGGAUUAUGUAUAGGGGGAUGCUUAGGAAAAGAUAAAGAUAUGAUGUAUACAGUUAUUAAACAAACUAUGAAUAUUAUACAUGAUAUUAAAAAAAAAAAAGGGAAUAAUAGCUAUAAAGAAAAACCAAUUCAUUUAUUAGGUAUAGGUCAAAUUAAAGAUAUCAUUUAUGGAGUAAAACAAGGAAUAGAUACUUUCGAUUGUGUUAUUCCAUCAAGAUUAGCAAGACAUGGUUAUUUCUUAUCAAAAAUUGAAAAUAUUGAAACCAUAGAAAAACAAUUAAAAAGAAAGAUUCAAAAUGAAUAUAUAAAAAUUAAAUUAAGUAUCUUUCAAUCUGAUAAUAAACCUUUAGAACAUGAUUGUGCAUGUUAUACUUGUCAACAUUAUUCAAGGGCAUACCUACAUCAUCUCUAUAAAAUUAAUGAUAAUUUAUUGGGAACAUUAUUAACGAUACAUAAUGUUUAUUAUAUGAACCAACUAAUGCAAGAUAUAAGAAAUUCUAUUAAAGAAGGUAAUAUUAAUCAAAUGGAACAAAAGUAUAUAAAAAAGUAA